AUGGAAAAUUUUUUAUUAACUUUCGAACCAGUAGCAACUAUUACAGUUGCAACUGCCUUGUAUAAACAUGUAAACUCAGGACGUUGGUCUGGGAACUGUGAUCAAGAAGUCCAAAACUUUGUUCAAACAUUAGAAAAAGUGAAACAACUUGUUCCAAAUGGAGAUUCGUUACGUCUAAAAAAACUCCGAAGUUUUGGAGAAGGUGAAGUUUUAGAACAACGG